UUUUACUCUGUAUUGUCCGCGACCAGAACCGGCGUACUUACAUGUACGGAAACUUUUAAUGCGCCCCUGAAUCUCUGUUCUUGGACAUAGGCUGUAACUUUUUCCACCCAGCUUAAUGUUUUAUGCGGUUUGUGUCGACGUUCCGUUGCGUUGCUGCUGCAUCUUUCAGUUAACAGCCUACAAUUGUUGUAAUCUUACAUUUUUCGCAUUUUGAAGGAUUUGCACGCUGGGAAGUUUUUAUGUGCGAUUGGGAAAGUUUAUUUUGUGCACAUUAGAUAUUCUGUUCGGACGUUUAUUGAAAAUAUGUAUCCAUUUGUGUAGGCUGUAGCCUACAUUUAGAAACGUUAGCCCCUAACAGUGUAACAUACAACCAGUUUAAAAAGAAAAAGACAAAAAAAGGGUACGUGUUUGAACGCUGAAGCGAUGGACUGUAUCGCCUGUACAAACAUGUUUCUAAUUAAUAUCGUGGAGAAUGUGGCAGAGGGAGCUAAACUCUGUGGCGUCUGAGCUGGCUGGUCGACAAGAGGAGAGCGAACAUUCCCACAAGCACCUGGUAGAGCUGAGCAGGGAGUUCAAGAGAAAUGUCCCUGAGGAAGUCCGGGAGAUGGUGGCACCUGUUCUCAAGAGUUUCCAGGCCCAGGUGGUUGCUCUGAACAAGCGCAGCAAGGAGGCCGAGUCUGCAUUCCUGGGAAUCUACAAACAGCUUAUCGAGGCCCCAGAUCCAGCACCCUUGCUGGAAGCCUCACACACCCUGGAGGAAAGACUGCAGCACCUUCACAGUUUGGCCCCAGACGGCGAGGCCCUGCUACGAGAGAUCAGCGGGCACUGGAAGAAACACCUGGAGUGCCUUGAAAAGACAGAGCCCUCAGAGGACGGCCCAGCAGUCUCAGGGGCAGCGGUGACAGAGGAGGCCCCAGAAUCCAGCUCUCCAGCCUCCGUGAUGACGCCCAACAGCACACCGGCUCCCGGGGCCCCAGGCUCCCCGCAGCAGAACUACCAGGACCCAGCUGAGGACCGAGGGGAGGAGGAGGAGAGUGCCAAUGCUGGUUUGGCUGACAGACUAUCAGAGGCCGAGGAGAAGAUCAAGGUUCUGCAUUCAUCUCUGAACACUGCACAGACAGAGCUGCUGGACCUGCGGUGUAAAUACAACCAGGAGAUGACCAACAAGGCAGCGGAGGUUGAGACCAUCAUGGCGAGUCUCGACAAAGCAAACCAGAGAGCGGAAAAGGCCCAGAGGGAAGUGGACAGGCUAAAGGAGCAGUUAGCCACAGGGAACUGCCAUCCAGCAGAGGGCACUAGCAGGGAGAAGAACGAGAAGGGCGAGGUGUUGCCCUUGCAGCUAGAGGCCGCCCUGCUGGCUAAAGACCGCGAAAUCCUCCGUCUUCUGGAGAACAUUCAGCGGCUGCAGUUCACGUUACAGGAAUUUCAAGAGACCUCGGCCAAUCAGAUCCUAGAGCUGGAGCGCCAGCUUGCCUAUAAAACAGAAACUAUCGAGAGAUUAGAAGCUAAACUGCAAUCCCAGAUGGACUAUGAAGAGAUUAAAACUGAACUCAGUAUCCUCAAGGUAAUGAAGCUGGCUUCAGCAAACGGCAGCUCGACCCAGGAUUCUGCCAAGGCUGCAGAGGCUAUUUUGCUGGAUAAAGAGGCCUUUCUUCCAUCUCACAAAUACCUGGUGGAUAAGGCCCGCAUUUUGCAGAGCAUUGAUGAUGACCAGUCUGAGGAUGUAGGUAGGGAGAUUGGCAGGCCGCCCUGCUCCCUCUCGUCGUCCUCUCAUGCGGAUGGCCGGGCCUCCCCCAGCCCCGGUCCCCCCACCCUGGACGGCUCCUCCUCCAGCCACGAUCAACCCCGGCCAUUUUCUGAGUCACCGAGCUCUGGCGACAGACUGUCAGGAGACCACAUCCUUCACAAGCAGCUUCUCUCCCCACACUUUAAAAAGGAGGGCCUCAUGGCUUUUCCCACUGCCCUCUAUGCAGCCAAAGUGGCCCUUAUGUCAGCAACCCAUGGGUCCGUGGGGGCGAGCAGCGUCGACGCUGGCUUGACCAGCGACCAGUCCGAAAGCGGCAGCUCGACUGCAGGAGACGAGGACCAACUGGACACGGCCGAGAUCGCCUUCCAGGUGAAGGAGCAGCUGCUGAAGCAUAACAUUGGCCAGCGGGUGUUUGGCCACUAUGUGCUGGGUCUCUCCCAGGGCUCGGUCAGUGAGAUCCUGGCAAGACCCAAACCCUGGAGGAAGCUGACUGUGAAAGGCAAAGAACCUUUCAUUAAGAUGAAGCAGUUCCUCUCUGAUGAACAGAACAUCCUCGCACUAAGGACCAUCCAGGUCCGCCAGAGAGGGAGCAUCACUCCGCGCAUCCGAACUCCUGAAACUGGGUCAGACGACGCCAUUAGGAAUAUCCUGGAGCAGGCCAAGAAGGAGAUCCAGUCCCAGAGGGGAGGUGAUGGCAAGUCGUCUCUGAACAGCUCAUCAGGCAGAAGCAGUAACGGCGCAGGCAGCAGCUCUGACGAAACCAUAAAGAACAUCCUCGAUCAGGCCAGGAGGGAGAUGGAGGCCCAGCAGCACACCCUGAUGGAGAUGGACGUUUGUGGGAGGGCCCCGAUGGUCAGCUCAGGAGGUCAGGUAGAGCGUCUGGGGCCCCCAGAACGCUCCAGGGGCCUACCUUUACCCAUCUCCAUCAAACAAGAGGAGGGAGGCUGCGUUACAGUAUGCAUGGCCAACUCUAUCAGCAGCCCCCAGACGCCCCUCAGUGUCCUCUCCCCGGCUGCAUUUGUCCAGAACAUAAUCCGCAAAGUCAAAUCAGAGAUCGGCGAAGUGGGCACUUACUUCGACCAGCACUGGUCUCAGGAGCGGGGGUCAAUGGUGCUCAGCGGCGGAGGUAGCUCUCUGCCCUUCAAUUCAGUCUCUCCCUCCUUGUCUUCCUCCUCCUCCGGGCCCUCGGCGUUACCCCGGCCCUGGCCCCGCCUGGAGAACGGCGAAUAUCUGCCCAACAGCGAGGAGGCCUCUGCUGCCGAGGACGAGCUGGGGCUGGGGCUGGGCCGGCCAUUGGAGGUCAAAGUGGAGUCAGACACAUCGGUAAGUGGAGAGUCUCCUGGCCCCGGCCCCGGAAGGCUUUCCUACUAUCCAGCGUACAUCCCCCGCGCCCUCAAGCCCACCGUGCCACCGCUGACUCCAGAGCAGUACGAGAUGUACAUGUACCGAGAGGUGGACACCAUUGAGCUGACAAGGCAGGUGAAGGAGAAGCUGGCAAAGAACGGCAUCUGUCAGAGGAUCUUUGGAGAAAAGGUGCUGGGACUUUCUCAGGGGAGCGUAAGCGACAUGCUGUCUCGGCCCAAACCCUGGAGCAAGCUGACCCAGAAAGGCAGGGAGCCCUUCAUCCGCAUGCAGCUAUGGCUACUGGACCAGCUAGGCCAGAGCCUCAGCCAGCCCCCGAACCACAGCCACACUCUGGAUAAAAGCCCUGUGACGGCCCAGUCCUCGCCCUCCCCGCCUCCUAGCCCAGCGGAGAGCCACCCAAGUCCACUGGUUGAGCCUGUCAGCCACUCCCUGGAGAGCAGCAAGGAGAACCAGCAGCCUGAGAGCCUGGGCCUGGGGUUGCCCCCCCACCCAGCGGGAGGGAAAUCCACUCCCAGCCUCAUGGCCCUGCAUCAGCCCACAAACCCACUGGGUAUCCAGGAGCUGGUGGCCAUGUCGUCGGAGCUAGACACUUACGCCAUCACCAAGAAGGUCAAGGAGGUGCUAACUGACAACAACCUAGGCCAGCGUCUUUUCGGGGAGACCAUCCUGGGCCUGACUCAAGGCUCGGUGUCUGACCUGCUCUCCAGGCCCAAACCGUGGCACAAACUCAGCCUGAAAGGCAGGGAGCCGUUUGUCCGCAUGCAGCUGUGGCUCAAUGAUCCUCACAAUGUAGACAAGCUGAGGGCCAUGAAGAAGAUGGAAAAGAAAGCCUAUCUGAAAAGGCGGUACGGGCUGCUGAGCACCGGCUCAGACAGUGACUCGCCUAGCACUCGUUCUGAGUGUGUGAGUCCGGCCUUGGCCUCGCUGGACCUGUGCCCCUACAACCAGGUGAAGAAGCCUCGGGUGGUGCUGGGAGCUGAAGAGAAAGAAUCUCUGAGGAAGGCCUACCUCCUGGAGCCCUACCCCUCUCAGAACACCAUUGAGAUACUGGCCUCCCAGCUCAAACUCAAAACCAACACUGUCAUCAACUGGUUCCACAACUACAGGUCCCGGAUGCGACGGGAGGUGCUGAUGGAGGGUCUGCCAGACAAUGACACAGAUGCUGAGCACCACAGCUACUCCCCCUCAGUGACGCGGAGCCCCCACUCUGAUGGAGAGGAGAGGAGGCUGCAGCAGCCCUCAGGAUUCAUCCACUCCAGCCUUCCUCUCAGCGCCAACACCGCACUGCCUCAUGUCAAACAGGAGGCAAUGGACAGGGAAGACGAGGGGGAGGAAGGAAGGGAUGGCUCCAUGAAACAGUCGAGGGUUCAGUGUUUCUCCACAGCCGUACAGUUCCCGCAGUUGAAAAGCGAGCAUGAGGAUUCCAUCGCUAGCUGCCGCGAGCCCCACUUGGCUGGCCAGAGCCUGAGGCAGGAAGAGGGGUUGAGCAGCCAGGCUCAGGGGCUCUACCCUGGCCCAGUUGCCAUAGACGGUCCGCAGAGAACCAACCAGUCCAGGCACGAGGGGGAAGAAUCCGGAAAGUCACCUGUUGACCCUGUCAGCUUCAAGGCUUCAUCAGAGCCCUGCCGCAGCAGCUUGGAGGUCUCCCUCAACUCCCCCUCUGCUGCAUCCUCACCCGGCCUCAUGAUGUCAGUCUCCCCUGUCCCCUCCUCCUCUGCUCCCAUUUCGCCCUCGCUGCCCAAUCCGCCCUCAACAAGCACCAGUCACAGCCUGGAUCCUAACCAGCUCCCUCCUUUCCAAAGCCCCAAACUCAACAGAAGCUCUCAGAGACGCAAUGAGAAAAUGGCCAACCUCAAUAACAUCAUCCACAGGUUAGAAAGAGCAGCCAAUCGAGAGGAAACACUCGAAUGGGAGUUUUAACUCCCCCUUUUACUUGCAUCUAGUCCUGAUGACCCUCAUGGUACACAGGAGAGUCUCAAAUAGAAGCUUCCUAAAAACUUGGAACGGAGCGUAGCUCCUGAAGGCCUGUCCUCUCAGACUGAUAACUCAUAAGAAAUGGGAACGCAGAGCUAAACAUAUAGCUGAAUUCCCUACAGGAACUUAAAGAGUUGAAAACAAUUUAUAAUUGUGUAUUUGUUUUUGUUUUGUUUUUGAUAAUGCAUACUACUUUGAAAUAUAUGUGACAGCACUAGCUGUUGUUUUACCUAUUGGACUUGACAUGAAGACUUUUGCAGCUAUGGUGUCAUAAAAUGUACACUGAAGUUCUGUAGAUUGCCACUGGGUGAGAUUAAAAAAAAGACCCCUGUCUUAAGCCAUUAAAAGCACUAUAACUAUUUGAAAAGAGACAUUGACCAAAUUUGCUACUUUUUGAAUAGCAAUUUUUCAGAUUUUGUCUGUAAGACUGGACAGUUUAAGUCAAGUAACAUGAAAUCCUAUUACUGACUGAGGGAUAGUCCUUUAAGACUCUAAAUACUCAACAUCUUGUAUGUACUUAGUUUCUUGGUGAUAUGUUUUGAAAUAUUUGUAACUCACACGUAUAAAAUGUGGUUGUACAUGUUGUAGAAUUGUCUGCAAUAGCCUUCUCUAAACCUGAUGUAGCAUGGUACUCACCUGCCCCUGUUAUCCUCUGUAGUUAGUCACCUGUGAUUAUACUUGAGCGAAAACAAGAGAAAAAAAAAGUUGAAAACCCUGCAAAAAAUAACAAAAAAGGAAACGUUGAAUCUAAUGAGUACAGUACUGUUAGUGUUUUCUUUUCCUCUUUUCUUUGCAUAAUCCUCGAGGUUUACAGUUUAGGGCCCUUGUGCUUUUUGGUAGUAAGUGAAACAUUCACUACACAUGAGCACAGUUUACAUGAUUUCUUUCAGACUUACCUCUCUGACCCUCCAAGGCACUGGUUCUCAGACUGUAACAGGCCAAGACACAAGACACCUGUUUUACCUCAGAUUAUGUUGAUGCACAUCCUGCUAGGAACAUGCAUUUUAUUCUUAUACGUAAACAUGACCCACACUUAUUUGAAUCAAUGGAGGGAAAGUACUCUGUAUCAUGCCUCAGAUGUGCCGGGAAUCCAACAUGAAGCAAGGGGCGAAUUUAAAUGUCUGAAUGAAAAUCUCUUUUCAUAGAAUAUGCUGCUCUUUGAAGAGAUAGGGAGCUUGUACUUCUGUUAUGUGUUUGUAUUAUGAUCUCAUAAUAGCUUAUUGUAGCUAGAAUAUACAUACUUGAUCAAACACCUCAACCUCUAAGCACCGAGAUGUUUGGCUGGGCAGUUUGAGUUGAAAAAGUUGCUGUGAGCAACACUACAGUGCAGUGGAUUGAACUCCCUUUGGGGCUAAAGCUCAGAGUAUUUGAGAGCAUGAUACAGUACGACCUCUCAUCAACAUGAAAACAUCCAAUCUGUAAGUACACUAUAUUCAAGGACACAAAAGCUUACAGGUAUCCCCUCAUAUUAUCUUUGACCACUUGUGUAUUGUGUCUGUGGAGGUUUCUUUGUCAUGCUUGCAAUAUGUUCUUUAUGUAUUUUGCCUCUAUUUUAUACUCAGAACAGUUAACUAGAUAUUCAAUACCUCGUGUAUGAACUACUUACAGCACUUAGAUUUUGAUAAUUGUGAGGACUCAAGAAAAUGUCAAAUAUCAACAUUAUCCUAAAUUAGUGUCCACAAGUCUUUGCCUUUGCUGUAUCGUUGAAGUUGGUAGUAAACACUUGCACAUGUCUACAUAGUUCAGAGGACUUGGAUUGUAUUAUGUAGAGAUAUAUAUUACACAAUUACAAAAGAAGUCUUACAUUCUUGGAACAAAAUGUGCUGAUUAUAUUGAAAUAGAGUGUACAGAUUUAAUAAACCAAACCCAUUCAAGCCAGUACUGGUCUGGCAAGCUUGCCCACGUUUUAGACCUUCUCUCAGGGUAGUCUUGCUUUUUAAAGCUUUACUGAAACAGUUGCUCUCAUCAGUGGUGGUGACUAUGAUAGACAUUAUGUGGUGUAGAGAAUGACGUUAAAUAUUAAAUGGAUUUGUGGAAGUUGUGUAUAUACGGGAAAUGCAACUUUCACAGAAAGUGGUGGUUUGUUGGGGAGCUGUUGCUGUUUUGUAAUUCAUUACACGGAUGUGUCUGAGGAUAGUGUAGAUGGAAACUACCAGGAUGAGGCUAAUGGGUUGAAUUUUUCAGAUCAGUAGACCUUGCUCUCUAAAAUACUGUUUUGUUUUUCUCUUGGAGCCACAGAAGAUUUUUCUCUGGUUUUCGAACCACCAUUUUUUGUGCAUAAUAUACUGUAUGAUUAGAAGUGGCAUUUCUAAUGUGGAAAUUUCAUUGUCUUUCAUGGUAACAUGGACAUAUGACUGAAAAAGAAAUGUAUUUACACACAUUAUCUCUUCAUGUAAAGCUCAUCUCAUUGUUUUGCAUGCAAAUCCAUUCUGCUCUCAUUACAAGGGUUAGGACUGUGUUUUGUGUUGUUCUUUCACAGGGACAUUAAAUCAGCACUUAAAGUCUUUUUACAUUAGUGAAGUCCAUGCAUGGUGCAGCUGAUACAUUUGGCUCUCACAAAGUCAUCAUGAAUCCAGUCAAAUUGGAACUCAAUAACGUACUUCCAGGUAAAUAUUUUAAAUCAAGAUUAUGUUGUGCCAUAUCAUAUGCCUAGUGCAUUAUUCUCACAGGACUAAUGCCUCGUGGUAAAGUGUGAUUUUAGAGGGGUGUAGGGCUUUUUGUAAACCAGUUCAGAAAAAAA